AAGAUGGGCUUGUAGGACUGCAGGAAACGGCAUCAGCAGAGCUCGAAGGCCUUCAACUGUUACAUUUCAUAUCCAAGAUGAGAGCCCUCCUCAUGUAAGAAAUGGGAGACUGGAACUUCCUCGGAGGGAUCUUGGAGGAGGUUCAUAUCCACUCCACCAUGGUGGGUAAGAUCUGGCUGACCAUCCUGUUCAUCUUCCGGAUGUUGGUGUUGGGCGUCGCUGCAGAGGACGUGUGGAACGACGAGCAGUCUGACUUUAUCUGCAACACCGAGCAGCCCGGGUGCCGCAACGUCUGCUACGACCAGGCCUUCCCGAUCUCCCUGAUCCGCUACUGGGUGCUGCAGGUCAUUUUUGUGUCCUCUCCCUCGCUGGUCUACAUGGGCCACGCCAUCUACCAGCUGCGCGCUCUGGAGAAGGAGCGGCACUGCAAGAAGGUGGCUCUGCGCCGAGAGCUGGAGGCGGUGGACACGGAGCUGGUGGAGGUGAAGAGGAGGAUCGAGAAGGAGAUGAGGCAGUUAGAGCAGGGGAAGCUCAAUAAGGCACCGCUGAGGGGCUCCCUGCUGUGCACCUACGUGGCCCACAUCGUCACUCGCUCUGUGGUGGAGGUCAGCUUCAUGAUGGGACAGUACAUCCUGUAUGGACACCGCCUGAGCACGCUUUACAAGUGUGAAAGGGAACCUUGCCCCAACGUGGUGGACUGCUUUGUGUCCAGACCAACGGAGAAGUCUGUUUUCAUGAUGUUCAUGCAGGUGAUCGCCUGCCUCUCCCUCUUCCUCAGCCUGCUGGAGAUCAUGCAUCUGGCUUACAAGAAGAUUAAAAAGGGCAUUCUGGGCUACUGUCCACACCUCAAAGACGACAUGGACGAUUAUUAUGUCAACAAGCCUAAAAAGAACUCAGUUGUGCAUCAGGUUUGCAUCGGGACUUCAGUCGGACGCAAGAAUACGAUUCCCACAGCACCGAGUGGAUACACAUUACUGCUAGAAAAGCAGGGCAACGGACCCAACUACCCCCUCCUGAACGCCUCCUCAGCCUUUGUCCCAAUUCAAGGAGAUCCUGGUGCAAAGCCGGAGAGCCACAAGGACAGUAAAGAGGGAGUGCCAAGCCCCACAGAGCAGAACAGCAACUCCAACAACACCAGCAGCGAGACUCGUUCGCCCCCUGUGGACAAACAGGACGACCCUGAGGAGGCGUCCUCCCCCCAUCCCGAUGACCUGGAGUGUGUGAGCUCCGAGUAUCCCACCCUGCCUGUGGCAGACACCUCCUCAUGCACCACGCUGUCAGCCAUGGUGAGGAAGUCAAGGAGGAUCAGUCCGCCGUGGAACUGUUCCACAGUGAUGGAGUCGAACGGCUCAGACAGCGGAGAUUCCUACCAUGGGAGCAGCAGCAUGAAGCUCCGCAGCAGCUGCGUGGGGCCCAGAGCCAGGGUGCUCUCCAAAUCAGACACCAAGAGGUCAAGCAGGUCGCAGAGCCCAGACUCUAUGGGGGAGCUGAGCUCUGCAUCCCGACACAGCCGGGAGAGCAACAGCCCCACGACCUCCUCACCCAAACGCAGAGUGUCAGCUGCCAGCAGCGGCAGCAGCAGACGAGCUCCAACUGACUUACAGAUAUAA